AGAUUCUCAAAUCUGAAAACCUGCCUAUUUUAAUUUUUUCUUGCUUCUGACAAUUAAUGAGGAUUUCUGGAGAAACUAUUGAGAGGGAAGCAAAGAGACAUUUGAGUCUGAUGUGUCAUGUCUCUGAGACUGGAAAUAUGGGCUUCAUGGUCAAUUCAUAGAGAAACAGAGAGAGUGGACACAUGAGGGAGAGUGGGAUUCCUCUACUCUUUAUGUGGUCAAGUCACGGCGAAUACAGGUUGAAAAGCUCUAAUUUUGAACCAUUGUCAGGAGGGUUGUUCAACUAUUUAACAAAUAUGUUUGGACUCGUUUCACGUCCAGACGGAGAAAGAGGCGGUUGAGUUUCUCACCCUUGUUUAAUGGACUCUCCUGAUUCUCAUGAGAGGUAGUCUAGAUCUAGAGAUCAGGAUCAGUAUAGAUGGGGAAAUAUAAUCAUCAAUACAACCCAAAGUAGUCGCUGAACAGCUUGGAAACAAUGUAUUGCAGAAAGGCUAAAUGCUGGGCAAGAUGAACAGAAGGAGAGAGACACAACAACAUGCUCUGAGCCAUGGAGGUUGUUAAGGUUACCAUUAUGAUAAUGCACACAAACAGGCCUACCCAGACAAACACAGGGACACACCUAAGGGGAGGUGUUUAUAUUUACUUUGUACAGCUACAGGUGGGCCGAUUUCAUUCUAGUAGGCACGGCUGUUGUUGCACCUGUACCAGUCUCUGCUCUGGUUCUUCCCUACACACAGGAAGCAGCCUCACACAGAGGUAGCCCGACUCCAGACUACUUUUGUAACAGAUCUUACAGGAUGAACAAUGACUACGCAGAGAUUAGUCCCUCUGAUCCCUCUGUCGACGCCUACACCACUCCCCUGAUCGCCGUGAAGGCCGAGAUCGGCUACCAACACAAGAAGCGUCGUUACGUCCGUAAAGAUGGCAACUGCAAUGUCCUGUUCCGCCAUGUUCCUGAGGAGUGGCUCAUGUACGUCACCGACAUCUUCACCACGCUGGUGGAGAUACGGUGGAGAGUUAUGUUCCUCAUCUUCACCCUCUCUUACACCCUCUCCUGGCUCUUCUUCGGCAUCCUCUACUGGUUGAUCGCCCUGGCUAACGGCGACAUCAAGGACCCUACUAACGACCCUUGUAUGUACGAGGUGAGGGACUUCACCGCGGCUUUCCUAUUCUCACUGGAGACCCAGACCACAAUCGGUUAUGGUUUUAGAGGGAUGUCAGAGAACUGCAUGGUGGCGAUCAUUGUCGUAACUGUGCAGGAUGUCAUCAGCUGUUUUAUUGAUACAUUCGUCAUCGGUAUCGCUGUGGCAGAGAUGGCAUCGACACGGAAACUGACGCAAACAGUAGGCUUCAGCAACUGCGCUGUCAUCAACUUGCGAAAUGGGCGUUUGUGCCUGUCAUGGAGGAUCGGAGACUUCCGCCAACACCACAUGGUGGAGGGGAUGGCUCGUGCUCAAAUCUUCCGCCCCACCAUGCACGCCACUGGGAGGGUGGACAUCAAUUACAAGGACCUGGAAAUCAAACAGAGUGAUAUCCUUUUAGCCAUACCAACCACCAUCUUCCACAUUAUUGAGCCUGGUACUCCACUCUACCGCAUGAGCCUAGAGGAUCUUCGGAAAGACGACUUUGAGCUGGUGGUGUCCUUCACCUACACAGACGACUCGACGGGCAUCCUGCACCAGACCCGCACCUCCUACACACCUGACGAGAUUCACUGGGGACAUCUGUUCCAAGAUAUGCUGAAUGUAAACCUGAAAUACUACAAGGUAGACUACUCCAUGUUCCACCACACUGCUAAGGUCCUGAUUCCGGAGGUCAGCGCAGAAGAGUACGAUCAAAUUAAGCUUCGGCGUUCCCCGCGCCACUCCCCGCGCCACUCCCCGCGCCACACUCCGUGCCACUCCCCACACCACUCCCCGUGCCCCAAGCGCCCAAGAAUUAAUUGCAAUCCCCCGAUGGUGACUGUGGAACUGGUAAACGGCACCACAGAAGCUGAGGUACAUGCAGCCAUGGCUGCUACUAUCGCAGCAGUUUGCGAGGACCAAGGACAUUUGUGUCUUCCAAGGAACCCCAUUCUGACGUAGAUGUUCUGCUGACAUGGCAAUACCAACACAAUUUCAUUGUAACUGGCCAAUGGUCAUUCAGAAACAUGGCCAUUGCAGUCUGCCUUUACUAUUGUCCAGGCUCUGUAUGCUGAAGUUGCUUUUAAAUGCUGAAAAGACAAAGUUGAUUGUUUUCACGAAAUCUAGGAUGAAACCUCAGACUCUUACACGUACAGUCAAUGUUCAGGACAAACAAAUAGAAAGACUAGCAACUAAGAAGUAUUUUGGUUUCUCGAUAGAUGAAUGUCUCACCUUUAAACCCCACAUUGUACAUCUUGUACUUGGAAUUCUUGAUAGAUGAGUGUCUCACCUUUAAGUAUCGUAAGUCUUGCGAAAAAGUUUUUAUUUUCGUAUUAAGUCAUGUUUUUCAUUAGAAGCGAGAAAGAUGCUUGUUUCCACUACUUUCUUACCUGUAAUUGAUUCUGGUGAUAUCCUGUACAUGUAUGCCCCUGUGAUUUCAUUGCGUGUGCUGGACUGGGUACCACGGAGCACUGAACUUUGUUACUAACUCCAAAGCCCUCACUCAUCACUGUACUCUCUACAUGAGAGUGGGCUGGUCUUCCUUAGCUCUUCGGAGAUGAAGUCAUUGGUACGUUUUUAUUUAUAAGGCCAUAUUUAGACGGCUCCCAUUUUACUUGUGUAACUACAUUGUCCAGCAGACAAAUGAAAACUAUCGCCUGCGCUCACAUGACUGGGUUCUGUUGAUGGUGCCAAAGGCCCGUACAGAGAUAGGUGAAAAUACUUUCCAGUUCUCUGCUCCUUCCGCUUGGAACAAGCUUCGAAAGGCCCUGAAAUCACAGGAACUCAUCUCUUAAAAUUAGUUUAAUAAAGCUCGGUUAAAUUCUAGAAUGGAAUAUGAGUUUAAAGCUAGGUUAAAUUCUGGAAUGGAAUAUGAGUUCAAAGGUUAAACUCUGUCCAUGUUUGGACCCCUAGUUGCGCCACACUUUCCCAAAACAUCUUGCUGUUCCAUGAGUAAAUUGAUUUUUUUUUUAACUGUCAUGCUUUGUGUUUUAUGUUGUAAAUGUGUCUGCAACUUUGUGUGCUGCUAUUUCGGUCUCGUCUCUCCUAAAUAUUGACUGGUUUUCAUCAAGCUGUCCGCUCAAGAGGAAGCUUCUCACAGCAAGCAGUGCAUGUAAACUGGUUCAGGUUAUUAAUCAACCUACCAGGGUGUUUACAAAGACUACAAGAACAAGAUCAUCCACAUGUAUCGAUCACAUUUUUACUAAUACUGUAUAACUUUGUUCUAAAGCUGUAUCCAUAUCCAUUGGAUGCAGUGAUCACAAUAUAGUGGCUACAUCCAGGAAAACCAAAGUUCCAACAGCUGGGCCUAAAAUAGUAUAUAAGAUAUACAAAACAUGUUGCUGUGACUUAUGUGGGUGAUGUAAAACAUAUUUGUGAGUCUGAUGUGAUUAAUAAGGAACAUCCAGACGUUGCACUUGAUGCAUUUAUGAAAUUGCUCUUCUUUUUUUUCUUUUUUUUUCUCCAAUUUGUUGAUAAACACGCACCUGUAAAGAAACUGCUAGAACUGUUAUGACUCCAUGGAUUGACGAGGAACUGAAAAACUGUAUGGUUGAGAGAGAUGGGGGCAAAAGAAGUGGGAGAAAUUGAGAAAUGAUGUGACUAAACUCAACAAAAAGAAGAAGAAGAAACUGUAUUAUGAAGCCAAGAUCAAUGAUAUAAAGACUGAUGGAAAUGAAAUGAUGGGCAGAAAGACAGAUCAUUUGUACUCCAACAGUGGGCCAUCGUACUCACGCAUAAAGAAACUUGUCAUGAAUGGAAAGCAAUGCAAGUUUGAAUUUUGUAAAGUUAGUGUGGGAGAGGUGGAAAAAUUAUUGUUAUUGAUCAAUGAUUUACCAACCUCCUGGCAUUGACAACUUAGACGGAACGCUACUGAGAAUGGUAGGUGACUCUAUAGCCACCCCUAUCUGUCAUGUAUUUAAUCUGAGCCUAGAGGAAAGUCUUUGUCCUCAGGCCUGGAGGGAAGCCAAAGUCAUUCCGCUACUGAAGAGUGGUAAAAGCGACCUUUACUGGCUCUGCCAGCCCUUAGCAAACUGUUGGAAAAAAAAUUGUGUUUGACCAAGUACAAUGCUAUUUCUUUGUAAACAAAUGAACAAGAUACUUUCAGGAUGCUUAUAGAGAGGGGCACUCGACAUGUACUGCACUGACACAAAUUACCAAUGAUUGGUUGAAACAAAUUGAUAAUAAGAAGAUUAGAUUUCAGUGCAGGCUUUGAUAUUACUGACUAUAACUUGUUGUUGAGAAAACGUAUGUGCUCUGGCUUUUCAACCUCUGCCUUAUCGUGGGUUCAGAGCUUUCUAUCUAAUAGAACUCAGAGAGUUUCCUUUAAUGGAAGCUUCUCUAAUGUCAAACAUGCAAAGUGUUUUGUACUGCAGGGCAGCUCUCUAGGCCCUCUACUCUUU